GACGUCAUUUAAUCCCAUGCAAAGCCGUGUGUAAAACUACUCAGAACCGAGAGUUGACGUGAAAUAAGCAGGUACCGGUUGGUGUGUAAAUCUACUCAGAACCGACGUGAAAUACACAGUCGGUGGCGUUUUGAGUAAUUGUACUUCUGACUUCAUAAACACGCUUCCAUCUGCUGUAGAUAUUUUUUCACAGUGGAUGGCUUCCUAUUGGCUAUUUCCAUAAAGUUGUAAAUUUUCAUUUUGAUCUGAGAAUUAUAGUUGUAGGUAUAGAUACCUACAUCUAAAUGGCGGGUAAGAUAACCGCGCUGCGAUGGAGGUGGAAGUGGAGGAGGACCCCGUGUCGACUGUGGACACCGUGGCGAUCGCCGAGGAGGAGAUCUCCACGGCGAUGGACUCGGAGGAGGACGGAGGGGAGGACGGAGGGGAGGACGGGGAGGAUGGAGAGCUACAGGAGGGCACCCAGGUCAUACACCUGGACACGGUGACGCUGGAGACGUCCGCCGGCCCCAGCACACCCAGGAAGCAGAAACAGUACCAGCAGCGCUACAGACACGAGUGGGAGCGGCUCGACUUCUGCAGGGGCUGGCUCACGAGACAUCCAGUCAACAAGCUUCUGGGGUACUGCAAGGCCUGUGACAGAUCUCUACAUGCCCGGAGAAAUGACUUAAGAAAGCAUGCUGCAUCAUCAAAGCACAGGACGAACAUGUCCUUACUCAAGCAAGGCCUCCCGCGUCAUCAAAGAGUCGGCAAACUGAACACCGUUCAUCCGACCAAGCUUAACGACCCGGAUCUGGAAGGCUGGUGCGUGGCCAUGCCUGGCCAGCAGCACCGGGUCUGGUGCCGCCAAUGCCAGUGCAGCCUGAUCGCCCAGCGAAAGGCGCUCAAGACGCACAGCAAGAGCCGCAAGCACCAGCUGAACGCGGAACGGGCGCCGCAGUCGCCGCCGCCGGCCGGCAGCACCAUCGUCGGCGACUCGUCGUUCAACGUCGUCGACACGAGCCUCAAUGAGUCGGCCGAUUGCGAUUCGGAGCGCGCCGCGUCGCCGCUCAUCGAGAGCGAUUUUUCGGGCCGCGUUACUUACUCCAUCGGACUGGGAAACCGCAAGGUGGGAUUCCUGGGCGCGGGACAGAUCGCCCAGGCCAUCGCCCAGGGCAUGCUGGAGCAAGGCCUGCUGGUCCCCCGCGACAUGAUGGUGGGCGCUCCGAGUAACAGGAACAUGACGCCGUGGAAGCGCUGGAAGUGUCGCACCACCAACGACAACGACGACGUGGUACGCGAGGCGGACAUCAUCUUCAUCGCGGUGAAGGCGUCCGUUCUGGUCCGUCUGAUCGGCCGACUGUCGCCCAUCUCAGACGGCAAGACGCGCCUCUUUAUAUCGCUGGUACCGGGAGUCACCCGCGAACGGAUGACGGCGCUGCUCUCGUGCCGCGUGCUGCCACUAGAGACGGUGACCGGCGACCCGCCGGCUGACAUCGAGGUGACCGGUCCGCCGCUACACGUCAUCCGUUGUGCCGCCAACAAGAUGAUGUCUAUCAGCGCUGGGUUCUGCGCGUACAGUAUGGGCGAUGACGUGCCGCACUCGCUGUACCUGGUGGUGGAGACCAUGUUCUCGGCACUGGGCACCUGUGUUCAGGUGGAGGAGCACCUGAUGGACGCCUACAGUACGAUGAUCGCCAGCGGGGCGGCCUUUACGUGCGCGUUUAUCGAGGCGAUGGUGCAGGGCGGAGUCAGUCUGGACCUGGGCUGGGACGAGGCGCUCAAGGUGGCCUCGGCCGUGGUGUCGGGCACCUCCAAGCUGCUGCUGCGCACCUCCGUCGACCCGUCCGCUCUGCGCAAGUCCAUCUCGACACCAGGCGGCAGCACCAUCACCGGACUGGCCGCCCUCCAGCGCGGCGGGCUCGACGACGCCGUGGGCAAGGCGCUGCAGCUGGCCUGUGAGAAGACGCGCGACGUGGGGAACGCCGUCUGUGGCGGCGGAGGAGGAGAUACCAGCACGACCAGCAUCUAGCUGCCGACGGUGAGCGCGCGGUACGGCAGCGCCGUGAGUGACAGAGUGAGAACAGUGACGCUGAGUCGGGACACAGCUCUCUGAUCGCCGCGAGACAGAGAGAACAGUGACUCUUGAACACAGUUCUCGCCCCGAACCACCGUGAGACAGAGAGAAUGGUGACUCUGGACACAGUGAUUCCCGGACCACCGUGAGACAGAGAGAAUGGUGACUCUGGACACAGUGAUUCCCGGACCACCGUGAGACAGAGAGAACGGUGACUCUGGAGUCCAGAGUACUCCCGGACUGAGUCGGGAAAGAGCGGAGUCAAAAGCUCAGAACGCGGCUGAGCUUUCGGACUGAACGGGGACCUGCCGAUCACAGUACUAAUUGUACAUAGUACAUACAUGCAUUAUAGUAUAAGUUAUCAUACGCACAUCAUUCUCUUCACCAUGUCUACCUAAAAGCGGAGGAGUUUUGAUGUCUGAAACAAAGCGUGCUUAUUGUUAGAAUUCCUGCAAAGGUGGAACCUACGGAGUGAACAUGCCUUACAUGAUUUAGGCUAGUCGUCUUGUCGCUUUGCAUUUCUGCUCGAGUUGCAAUUAGUUGAUUUUUGAAGGCAUGUGUGCGAUGUGCUUUGUUUCACGAAUCACUCACUCAUCUGUGCGUCCAUUCCCGUGCCGGUUUUGUUAUCGGCGAGUUCAUCUUGUAUAUAGUCAUGUCAAUACAUUCGAGGGACGCA